AACGCCGCACCGCACCACGCCAACAAAAGGAGGAAAACAGCACGCCCGAACCCUACUACUGCUACGGGCACGCACCACUAGCACACCCCGCAUCGUCGCCGGAUCGGAAGAGCAGGGGGGAGAGCCGAGGAGGAAGAAGGCCGAGGAUGUUCCGCAACCAGUACGACACCGAUGUCACCACCUGGAGCCCGCAGGGGCGGCUGUUCCAGGUGGAGUACGCCAUGGAGGCGGUGAAGCAGGGCUCGGCCUGCGUCGGCCUCCGCUCCGCCACCCACGCCGUCCUCGCCGCCGCCAACAAGUCCGCCAACGAGCUCUCCUCCCACCAGCGCAAGGUCUUCCGCGUCGCCGACCACGCCGGGGUCGCGCUCGCCGGCCUCACCGCCGACGGCCGCGUCCUCUCCCGCUUCCUCCGCAACGAGUGCAUCAACCACGCCUUCGUCUACGACGCGCCGCUCCCCGUCUCCAGGCUCGCGCUCCGCCUCGCCGACAAGGCGCAGGUUUGCACACAGCGUUCAUGGAAGAGGCCCUAUGGUGUCGGUCUCCUUGUUGCGGGUCUAGAUGAGUCUGGAGCCCAUCUCUACUACAACUGCCCCAGUGGGAACUACUUUGAGUACCAGGCAUUCGCCAUUGGCUCCCGCUCCCAGGCAGCGAAGACUUACCUCGAACGCAGAUUCGAGAAAUUCAACGCCUACACCCCGGACGAGCUCAUCAAGGAUGCGCUCUCAGCCAUAAAGGAGACCCUCCAAGGUGAGAAGCUGACCAGCUCCAACUGCACCAUUGCCAUUGUCGGCAGAACGGAGGAUGGCACCGUCGAGCCCUUCUCCAUGAUUGACUCCAAGAGGAUCCAGGAAAUCAUCGACUCCAUGGAGGCCGCCGAUGAGGCGCCAGCGGCCGACGCCCCUGCUGAAUCAAGCUCGAUGCAGGAGGACAGGGGCGAUGCGCCUGCGGCAGGGGAUGCCCCAGCAGCGGAUGAGCCGGCAGCACCGGACGCACCGGCGCCCAUGGACAUCUAGGCGUCUUCUGAUGAUCUAUACAUGUCAUGUCCGUCCACCCCCAUUGCCGCAGCGCUAUUCAGAGUUUCAAAAAGACUAGACUGUUGUUUUAGAAAGGUUGCCAUCCAUUGUGUGUACUCUUUGCUUCUGUGCCACUACAGCUUUGUGGUGCCUGCGUCUGGACUGAUUGAUUUUUAUCUAUCAUGUGAUGAUGUCGCGGACAGAAUCGUCUGGUUGGGGGAACAGAUUUACGUUUUAUUUAUCAUAAAAUCCUGCUACCUGUUGGAGUGUUU